AUGAAGUUCUCUCUCGCAGCACUUUUCUUUGCCGGCCUUGGAGCGGCCAGCCCUGUGGGGUUGACUGAACGUCAAUUGAUUUCAGGAGGCAACGAACUUCGCAGUGGCAGUUGCCAACCUGUGACUUUCAUCUGGGCUCGUGCGUCGACUGAAUUGGGCUUGCUUGGACAAUCCGUCGGUCCUGCUCUGUGCCAGAGCUUGAAAUCCUCCCGGUCAAACGGCGUCGCCUGCCAGGGAGUGGGACCUCGUUAUACCGCCGAUCUUCCCAGCAAUGCUUUGCCGGAUAACACUUCGCCUCAAGCAAUCGACGAGGCGAUCGGUCUCUUCAAGCAAGCCGCGCAGAAGUGUCCCAACACCCAGAUUAUCGCCGGUGGCUACAGUCAGGGCACCGCUGUGAUUGACGGUGCGAUCAAGAGACUCCCCGACAACGUCAAGAACAUGAUCAAGGGUGUCACUCUCUUCGGUUACACCCGUAAUGCUCAGGAGCGUGGUCAAAUUGCCAACUUCCCCAAGGACAAGGUCAAGGUCUACUGUGCCGUCGGAGAUCUGGUCUGUGAUGGUACUUUGAUCAUCACCGCCGCUCACUUCACUUAUGUUGCGGAUGUUCCUGAUGCUACCAGGUACCUCAACUCGAAGCUGGGCUCUUCGUGA